AUGAGAUGUAGAACGCUACAUCUCAUGGUGAAACAGUAUACAUACGUAUCCUCUUACUCAACACCAAAGGAAAGGAGUCGUUCCAGGACCUCAGAACCGUUGACAGACGCACUUAAAAAGUUUUCCGAAGCAGCAAAGGCUUCCGGAUUCCUUGAUGAUGACACGUAUUAUCGUCAGAGUAUUCAGGAAGCUGCACAGUUUCAGACAGCAGCAACGUUACGAAGUAUUUUUGCUUGCUUGCUCUGUUACUGUGAAGUCGCAAAUGCUGAGGAGCUUUGGAAUGAGUUUUCGGCAACGAUGGCUGACGAUUACAUCAGCAGAGGGCUAGGAGCAGAAGAGGCUAUCGUUGUCGCCUAUUUCGACGUCGCCGAUCGGAUGCUACUGCUUGGCAGAGAUUUAGCCCAAAUUAUUGUGCCUCCUACGAAUCAAAGACCUUCACCUCCCGAAGUCCCAAUUGACUAUCAUCAACAUGGAAGUGAAGGAUCGCGAUUAUACGAAUCGUUGAAUACACAUCAAAAGAGGGCUGCUGAUGACAUCCUUGCAGCAAUGAACCGCAGUGAAAGCCGCUGCUUUUUUAUCGAUGGCCCAGGUGGAACAGGGAAAACGUACCUCUAUAACACCAUUUACAACCUGGCCAUGGGGCAGCGACGUCAGGUGUUGUGCGUUGCUUGGACAGGCAUAGCAGCCAGUCUUCUGCCGCGUGGGCGAACGGUAACCUCAACUUUCAAGCUCAACAUGGCCGAUGGGAAUCGCACAUCCUUGAUGAAACGCCAGCAAAAAGAAGCACGACAACUUAUAGCCACUGAAAUUAUCAUCUGGGAUGAUUUCAAUGACCCCAAAGUGCGCCCUUGA